AUGGAGGAGAGUGGUUUUGACGACGACUAUUCCGACUAUUACACAUUCUAUUCUGUGCGGCCGUAUCCCACAGUCGAAGAAGAUUGCGCCGCCUCUUCUGCGCCGUCUGGGCCUCACGUCCAUGUCCGCUUCUCUCACCGCACAGCUGACGCCUUUGACGAUACUGUUGGAUACGGGGAAGAAUCACGAACCAUAUGCCUGAGCCACGACUUGCUGGCGGAGGGGUCGAACCGGUUGCAGGGCGACUGCCGGGAUUUCAUCUUUUGCGAAGGGCUGUGUGACUGGCCUAUUAACGCCGGCAUGGUCCUUGAAAUCAUCGACGAAGUGAUCGAUAAAGCAAGGGAGUAUAAGUGUACUAUUCGGGUUGACAUACGGACGGUUCAUAUGCCAGGUUUCGACGAUCAAGAAACGUACGAGGAUGAUCGAGAUUUGGGAGAGGCAGUGGAGGGAGUAAAUGGCGCCGCCGCCGCCGCCGCCUCCGAUGGCGGUUUCGAAGUGAAGUCGUUAAAGAGGAAGAGAAUAGAGUGCGGCGGUAAUAGUUGCGUUAUUUGCUUGGAGGAGUUAACGGCGGGGACAGAUGCGGCUGUGAUGCCGUGCAGCCAUCACUCCUUUCACGACGACUGCCUCUCAUCUUGGGUGGAGAUAAGCCCUUCCUGCCCUCUUUGCCGUCGUAAGAUAUCUGAUCCCGCUGCCGCCGCUCCGCCGAAUUCUCGUCCUUAA